CUAUGGCGGAGGCUGUGGUAAGCUUAUUACUCCACAAUAUUGGUGCUGCCUUAGCUAGUGAAUCAACUAAAGCAGCAACAUCACUGUUACUAACACGGAUAUCAACAAUGAAAGAACUCAUGAAGGAUAUAAGUGAGAUUAAGGAUGAGCUUGAGAGCAUGCUAUCCUUCCUACGGAUCGUAGAAAGGUUAAAAGAGAAGGACGAGAGCACAAAAACCUUCAUAAAACAAACAAGAGACUUGGCUUUCGACAUUGAGGAUAUUAUAGAUGAGUUCACGUACAAGCUGGGUGAGGAGCAAGGAGGGGUUCUGCCCAGAGCAAUCAAGAGGUGCAGAAAUAUAAAAACAUGGGAUGACCUUAGCAGCAAACUUAAAGAGAUCAAAAUUAAGCUCCAAAACAUUAUGGAGAGAAGGACACGAUAUGAUACAAGAGGAAUGGAAAGUGAAGCAAAACCUCGAAUAGCUGUUGGCGGUAGCAAGAGCCGUGCAGAAUUAGCACAUUUUGUCGAGGAGGAUGAUAUCGUGGGUAUUGACAAGUACAGGGACUUGUUGCUCAAAUGGUUGAAAGAUGAGGAUGAGCAGCAACGACAGCCUAUGAUAAUCUCAGUGUUGGGGAUGGGUGGUUUAGGGAAGACAACUCUCGUAACUCACGUGUAUAAAAUCAUCAAAGCUACCUUUGAUGCUUGUGCCUGGGUUGCUGUAUCUCAAAGUUAUGAGACUGAUGAUUUGCUUAGACGGAUUUUAAAAGAGUUUUAUAGGGAAGAUCGUGAGAAAAGACAAGCACCUAACAACAUUGAUACCAUGGAUUGCAGAAGCUUGGUUGAGACUAUCCGCACUUGCUUGCAGGAUAAAAAGUAUGUACUCAUUUUGGAUGAUGUUUGGAGUAUUGAUGUAAUGGACAACAUAAAAGAUGCACUUCUGAAUAGUAAUUGCAAGAGUAGAAUAGUUCUCACAACAAGGAUUCGCGAUGCAGCUCUAUUAGCAAACGAGAACCAUAUGUUUGAGCUAAAGACACUGGAGGCAGAUCAUUCGUGGGAUCUAUUUUGUAAAAACGCUUUUUGGAAAAGUGCAAACAAGAUUUGCCCACCGCAUUUAGAACAAUGUGCUAAAAAAAUCGUCGAGAAGUGCGGUGGGUUGCCCCUUGCUAUUGUAUCUAUAGGCCGUCUCUUAUCAUUUCGAGAACAAACCGGUUCUGAAUGGGAGAAGGUUUACAAAGAUCUUGAGUGGUAUCUAACUAACAACGAAUCGAAGCUCCAUGAAAAAGUACAUGACGUUUUGAAACUUAGUUUGGACAGCCUUCCCAAUUACCUUCGAAAUUGCUUCUUAUAUUGUUCUAGCUUUCCGGAAGACUAUACAAUUGAAAGUGGCAGGCUCAUAAGGCUUUGGGUGGCCGAAGGGUUCAUUGAAGAAAGAGGAAUAACGAUGGAGGAAGUGGCCGAGGACUACCUUAACGAACUUGUUCAUCGCUGCCUACUACAAGUGGCUGAGUGGAACGAAAUUGGUAGAGUUAAUGCAUAUCGAAUGCAUGACAUCAUUCGAGUCCUCGCUCUUUCAGAGUCAAAGGAGUUAAGCUUUUGCAUGGUUUACGAGCAUUCAAGGACAAUAUUGCAGGGAUACAAAGCACACCGCUUGUCAAUCCUAAGCAAUAUACCUAAUUAUCAUACUGAAGACAAAUCUCAUUUGCGUUCAGUACUUGUUUUCAACAAUUCCAUGAGCUAUGAUUUACUGAAGUCGGUCUUAAGAUCAUCAAAAUUUUUACGUGUCUUGGAACUACAAAGAGUGCUAAUCGAGAAACUACCGAGUGAGAUCUGUAACCUAUUCAACCUGCAUUAUCUUGGUUUGAGAGCUACAAAAAUUAAGGAGCUUCCAAGAUCAAUCGGGAAGCUACGAAAUCUGCAAAUAUUAGAUACAUAUUACAGUGAAAUAGAAAAGCUGCCAAAAGGAAUAAGAGAGCUUCAAAAGUUGAGACAUCUAUUUUUGCCCCGCAAUUCGGGUAAGAACAUCAAUGCACCGGUGGGAAUACGGCGCUUGAAGGGCUUACAGAGUUUGUUAAAUAUUACUGCAACUAGGAAGAUUGUGCGGAAUGUAGAAGCUUUGACAGAGUUGCGGACAUUUUGGAUAAGGGGCGUAAGAAACCAUCACUGUGCAGACUUGUGGAAUAGUAUCACAAAGAUGAACCAUCUUAGCAAUUUAUCUGUCGAGAGUGAAGAUGGGCAAGAAUUACAGCAGUUGGGCACCCUGCGCCUUCCUCUACCAAUUCAAGAAUUAGAUCUGGGGGGUAAAUUAGACAAAAACUCACUCCCUGAGCUUGCCACGUCCUUUGGGUCUCUAACAAACCUAACCAUAUUAAGACUUUCAUAUGCAAAAUUGGAUGAAGACACUUUUCCUUACUUGCAAGAACUGCCGUCAUUGAUGUUUCUUGAACUUUAUGAGGCAUAUGACGGCAUGAAGUUGCACUUCCAAGCAACAUCAUUCCCGAAGCUAAAGACAUUGGUAAUAGCAUUUACCCCGAAGCUCAGUCGGGUGGAAAUAGAAAGAGGAGCAAUGGCAAGACUGAAAAAGCUUCAGAUACACGAUUGCCCCGAGCUAAAGGAGCUGCCCCACGGUAUCGUGUACCUUACCACCCUUCAGGAUUUAUGCAUUGGCCAUGCGGCAAAGGAACUUGUUGAGCUGCUUCGAGGAGGAGGAGAAGGCGACCACAGCAAUGACUGGCGCACGAGGGUUCGCCACAUCCCGAAUUUUACUAUUGGUUUCAUACGAGACCGCAAGUAUGUCGAAGACAGGAUUCAAUGAUUCCACAUCAUGCAGGUGAGUUUGGGCGCUUUUUGCAGAGCACCGGCCGAGCUUGAUGCUUUCAUAUUUUCCGCCCCAGAUUGAUCUUCUAAAUAAUCCGUGCUUGAGGAAAGUUGAAAAUGAUGGUCGAUAUAUGCAGAUAGUUAUCUUAUAUGUGUUUUUUUAUUUUAUUUAUUUUAUUUUCAAUGUAUGUGUGUGUAAAAGUGGAUGCAUCAAAUUAGUUGGUGCACGCCUUCAGCUGCUCUUAUUAUGUAUUUGGAGAAUGCUUUGUACCCUUAAAAACUUUAUUUAUUUAUGUAUUUGGAGAA